UCAUCAAUGGCGACAGAAGAAAAACUUUAACUUGUCAGCAAAACAACACCGAGGGGGGAGUGAACUUUCCGACAGCAGUCAUAUUUUGAAGAAACAUUACACUAUAUUUCGUCUAAUUGUGCGCAGUUACAGUUCCGCCGAAAGAAGCUGUCUGGUAUGCUCCCAGCAGUCCAGUAGAUGUCCGCCCCUUCAGACACGUCAGGUGGUAUGUCACAUCCUGGCCCUUCUCCGGGGGCUGGUCUAUCCCCGGGGCCCAUCUUGGGCCCUAGCCCCGGACCGGACCCCUCACCAGGCUCUGUUCACAGUAUGAUGGGACCCAGUCCUGGACCUGGAACACCUAACGCACCUCAUGGCAUGCAGGGACAAAGUGAAUACUCUCAGGACGGCAUGUAUCCUAUGCACAAGACCAUGGAGGGGAUGAAUGAGAAGACUAUGGCAGAAGCAAUGCACUUUGGCCACAUGAAAGGUGUGGGGAUGAGAUCUCUGCAUAGUGGCAUGGGGCCUCCACAGAGUCCCAUGGACCAGCACAGCCAAGGAUACAUAUCCCCCCAUCCUUCCCCCAUGGGUGUCCAUGAGCAUGCUUCUAGUCCCAUGUCAGGAGGCGGGGGACCCACACCGCCCCACAUGCCUCCCUCCCAGUCGGGCCCCAUGAUGCCCAUGGAUCCCCAGUCAGCCGCGCCCAACAUGGCCAACAUGAGCCAGCCGGGCCGGGGACCUUCUGCCUUCAGUCCGGUCCAGCUGCAGCAGCUCAGAGCUCAGAUCCUGGCCUACAAGAUCCUGGGCCGUGGGCAACCCCUGCCUGAUAACCUCCAACUGGCUGUUCAGGGCAAGAGGAGUCUACCCACAAUGCAACAGCAGCAGCAGCAGCAGCAGCAGGCACCCAAUGCCAGCCCUUACAACAGGCCUCCAGGUAUGCCCAUGGCACCUCUGGGUGGUCCCCAGUCCAGUCCCUGCCCGACCCCGACCAUGCAAGGACACAAUCAGAGCGCAGGACCCAAGCCUUGGUCCGACGGUCCGGUCGGCGACAAUCAAGCCAACCCUCAGAAGCACCUCACCCCGGUCGCCAGCGGACGCCCGUCCCCAGCGCCUCCCCAGGCCUCGGCGCUGCCCGUCGGACCCAUGGUGGGCGGUCCGGUGGCCCCGCAGGUCCCCGGGCAGCAGCACGUGUCCCCCAUGAUCCAGAUGCAGAAGCAGAACCGCAUCACGCCGAUCCAGAAGCCGCAGGGCCUGGACCCGGUGGGGAUCCUGCAGGAGAGAGAGUACAGGCUGCAGGCUCGGAUUGCACAUCGAAUCCAGGAACUGGAGAGUUUGCCGGGCUCGCUGCCCCCUGACCUGAGGACCAAGGCCACGGUGGAGCUCAAGGCGCUGCGUCUGCUCAACUUCCAGCGGCAGCUGCGACAGGACGUGGUGGCGUGCAUGAGGCGAGACACGACCCUGGAGACGGCGCUCAACUCGAAGGCGUACAGGCGCAGCAAGCGGCAGACGCUCAGGGAGGCGCGCAUGACGGAGAAGCUGGAGAAGCAGCAGAAGCUGGAGCAGGAGAAGAAGCGCAGGCAGAAGCAUCAGGAAUAUCUCAACAGCAUCCUGCAGCACGCUAAAGACUUCAAGGAUUACCACCGCUCGAUGACCGGUAAAAUGCAGAAGCUCACCAGAGCCGUCGUCACCUGGCACACCAACACGGAGCGCGAGCAGAAGAAGGAGACGGAGAGGAUCGAGAAGGAGAGGAUGAGGAGGCUCAUGGCGGAGGACGAGGAAGGCUACCGGAAGCUGAUCGACCAGAAGAAAGACAAGCGUCUGGCCUACCUGCUGCAGCAGACGGACGAGUACGUGGCCAACCUCACCACCCUGGUGUACGAGCACAAGGCCGCACAGGCCGCCAAGGAUAAGAAGAAGAAGAAGAAGAAGAAAAAGAAGAAGGUGGAUGGAGACGGGGAAGGCACCAGCGCCAUUGGACCCGACGGAGAGCUGAUGGACGAGAGCAGCCAGAUGAGCGAGCUGUCCGUCAAAGUCAUCCAGACGGAGACCGGGAAGGUGUUGCAGGGGACGGACGCUCCCAAAUCCAGCCAGCUGGAGGCCUGGCUGGAGAUGAACCCCGGGUAUGAAGUCGCCCCGCGUUCGGACAGCGAGGAGAGCGGCUCCGAGUACGAGGACGAGGAGGAAGAGGAGGGGGCCAAGGCCGAACCGGAGGACGAGAAGAUAAUCGACCCCAAUGGAGUGGAAGUGUUCGUGGCGGCCGCCAAUCACAUUAUCGAGUCGUCAAAGCAGGAUGUGGACGACGAGUACAGCGUUCCCACCGGACAGACCAGCUCCCAGUCGUCGUACUACGGCGUGGCCCACGCCGUCAUCGAGAGGGUGGAGAAGCAGUCGACUCUGCUCAUCAACGGCACGCUCAAACAUUACCAGACCCAGGGCCUGGAGUGGAUGGUGUCCCUGUACAACAACAAUCUGAACGGCAUCCUGGCCGACGAGAUGGGCCUCGGCAAAACCAUCCAAACCAUCGCCCUCAUCACCUACCUGAUGGAGCACAAGAGGAUCAACGGGCCCUUCCUCAUCAUCGUGCCCCUCUCGACGUUGUCUAACUGGGUCUACGAGCUUGACAAGUGGGCCCCCUCUGUUGUCCAAGUAGCUUACAAGGGCACCCCCAUGCUGCGCCGCGGGCUCGUGCCUCAGCUCCGCAGCGGGAAGUUCAACGUCUUGCUGACGACCUACGAAUACGUCAUCAAGGACAAGCUCAUCCUGGCCAAGAUCCGUUGGAAGUACAUGAUCGUGGACGAGGGCCACCGCAUGAAGAACCACCACUGUAAGCUGACGCAGGUGCUGAACACGCACUACGUGGCGCCCCGCCGCCUCCUCCUCACCGGCACGCCGCUGCAGAACAAGCUGCCCGAGCUGUGGGCGCUGCUCAACUUCCUGCUGCCCACCAUCUUCAAGAGCUGCAGCACCUUCGAGCAGUGGUUCAACGCCCCGUUCGCCAUGACGGGAGAGAGGGUCGACCUGAACGAGGAGGAGACCAUCCUGAUCAUCCGGCGUCUGCACAAGGUGCUCCGCCCCUUCCUGCUGCGGAGGCUGAAGAAGGAGGUGGAGUCUCAGCUGCCGGAGAAGGUGGAGUACGUGGUGAGGUGUGACAUGUCCGCCAUACAGAAGGUUCUGUACCGCCACAUGCAGAGAGGCAUCCUCCUCACCGACGGCUCGGAGAAAGACAAGAAGGGCAAAGGAGGAUCCAAGACCCUGAUGAACACCAUCAUGCAGCUGAAGAAGAUCUGCAACCACCCGUACAUGUUCCAGCACAUCGAGGAAUCUUUUGCUGAGCACUUGGGCUUUACGGGCACCGUCAUCACUGGACUUGAACUGUAUCGCGCCUCGGGGAAGUUCGAGCUCCUGGAUCGCAUCCUGCCGAAGCUGCACGCCACCAACCACCGAGUGCUGCUCUUCUGCCAGAUGACCACGCUUAUGAACAUCAUGGAGGACUACUUCGCCUACCGCAACUUCCAAUACCUACGUCUCGACGGAACCACCAAGGCCGACGACCGAGCGAUGCUGCUGAAGAAGUUCAACGAGGUCGGCUCCCAGUACUUCAUCUUCCUGCUCAGCACCAGAGCCGGCGGCCUCGGCCUCAACCUGCAGGCCGCGGACACCGUCGUCAUCUUUGACAGCGACUGGAACCCUCACCAGGACCUGCAGGCUCAGGACCGGGCUCACCGCAUCGGUCAGCAGAACGAGGUGCGGGUGCUCCGCCUCUGCACCGUCAACAGCGUGGAGGAGAAGAUCUUGGCGGCGGCCAAAUACAAACUCAACGUGGACCAGAAGGUCAUCCAGGCGGGCAUGUUCGACCAGAAGUCCUCGAGCCACGAGCGCCGCGCCUUCCUCCAGGCCAUCCUGGAGACCGAGGAGCAGAAUGAGGAAGAAGACGAGAUACCCGAUGACGAAACCCUCAACCAGAUGAUCGCCCGCAAUGAAGAUGAAUUUGAGCUCUUCAUGCGCAUGGACAUGGACCGGCGGAGGGAGGAAGCCAGGAACCCGAAGAGGAAGCCUCGCCUCAUGGAGGAGGACGAGUUGCCCUCCUGGAUCAUCAGAGACGAGGCCGAGAUCGAGCGGCUCACGUACGAGGAGGAGGAGGAGAAGAUGUUCGGCCGAGGGUCUCGCUGCCGUCGGGACGUCGACUACAGUGACGCCAUGACUGAGAAACAGUGGCUGCGGGCCGUCGAGGAUGGGAACCUGGAAGAGAUGGAGGAGGAGAUCCGGCUGAAGAAGCGCAAACGCAAGAGACGCCCGGACAAGGAGCCCUCGAGCAGAGACGACGGGGGCUCCAAGGCCAAGAAGAAACGGGGGCGCCCGCCGUCCGACAAGCACUGCCCCAACCCGCCCAAACUCACCAAGCAGAUGAACACCAUCUGCGAUACGGUCAUCAACUACAGAGACGGGUCAGGGAGACAACUGAGCGAGGUCUUCGUCCAGUUACCGUCCAGGAAGGAGCUCCCGGAGUAUUACGAGCUGAUCCGGAAGCCCGUGGACUUCAAGAAGAUCAAGGUGGGAUCGCGUGAGGACCAUAAAUACCGAGGCGUCGGAGACCUGGAGAGGGACGUGAUGCUGCUGUGUCACAACGCUCAGACCUUCAACCUGGAGGGAUCACAGAUAUACGAGGUCAUCGUCCUUCAGUCGGUGUUCAAAAGCGCCCGGCAGAAGAUCGCCAAGGACGACGAGAGCGAAGACGAGAGCGACGAAGAGGAGGAGGACGAGGAGGAGGAGGACGACGACGACGAGGAGUUCAAGUCCGUGCGGGUCAAGAUCAAGCUGAGCAAGGAGGGGCGGGGCCACGACAAGGGCAAGAAGAGGCAGAGCCGAGGGAAGGCCAAGCCGGUGGUCAGCGACGACGACAGCGACGACGACCUCGACGACAACGAUCAGUCGGACAAGAGCGACGAUGACUGAGGACGCCGCUCGUCCUCCUCCAGGUUCCUCUUCUGUACCUUCAUUGCUUCAUUUGUCCUCUCCGUCGAUCCGUUUUUUUUUUUUUUUUUUGUCGCACCUUCUCUCCUACCAGCUUCGAAAUGUAUCACUAAUACUCGAUAAGCUGCAGCAAUACCGAUCGGCUUAUAUUCCCUGUUUUUAAGACAAUUUUUUAGUAUAUUUUUUAAACUCUGUGCUUUAAAAGCUGAUUUAAAUUCUGUAUGGGAAAAAAAAAGACAAAAAAAAUGAAAUUUUGUUCCCGCUACUCGCGCUUUUUGCUUGAUUUGUACUCGCUUGCUUGCACUUUUAGAAAAAA